AUGUCAUCUACUCUUGAUGAAGUCCAGAUCGCAGAGAUCAGAGAGAUCUUCACUCUCUUGGACAAGAACAGUGAUGGGCUGGUGAGCACUACCCAACUGGGGUUGAUCCUUAGAGGCUUGAGGUAUCAUCCUUCAGAUGCUGAGAUCUUCGAGCUGCAAAAGAAAAUUGAUCCUAACAAUACAACUUCAUUUGACCAGAAUUCCUUAAUUAGUUUGGUGGCCAAGCUUGAGCUUCAAAAUAACACUAUUGAUGAGUUGGUGGCUUCUUUAAAUUCCUUGAACCCAGAUGAGAACAGUUCAAUUCCUUUCAAAACCCUUGUCUCCAUGAUGUCCAAGUACGGAGAGACAAUGUCUGAAGGCGAAAUUAUCGAAGUUGUCAGAGAUCUAGGCUACGAUCCAGAGCACGAUGUUAUUGAUGAUGAAGCAGGAUUUUGUACUAUGCUUCUUAACAAAUGCACGAAUGGCUAGAACAAAUUUACACAUGAUGAUAUUUCAAUUAUAUUUUGAAUGUUUGG